AUGUUGGCCAUGAGCAAAUUCACGGUCAACCAGGAAAUGGUGGCAUGCGAGUCCGACAGAGCUUCCGCCUCAAUGCAAUCUUCCGGCAUCUCUGCUCGUCUCCCCUUGCUCGGCAAACCCCACCCAAACACAGGGCGUGUUAUGCAGCCUCCACCAUAUGGAGUGCCGCCUCCGCCGCCCGGCCAUUAUGCUCCGCCAGGGCACGCUUACGGGUACGAUCCUUACGCACGGCCCGAGCUUCACGGCAGCCAGCCUGCCGGUUACUAUGCCGGAGCAGGUUAUGGCCAGCAUGAUUAUUACCGCCAGCAGAACGCACACGGCCACGAACGCCACGUAGAGUAUGGCAGUGGCUUCAAUGAUGGAGAAAGCCGACCAAGAGAUCAUGGCAGCAAUGCUGAUCCAGGUGACCGGUUUGAAGGCCACUCCGAGAGUCGGCAGCGGAACUACCCUAAUCACCAGGGCGACUGGGAAGGGAGGGGCGAUCACCGGCACGACCGGCAUGAACGUGGCGAACGUGACAGAGAUCGUCGUGACAGGGGCCGCCGUGAUAGGGACGAUCUCGACAAUUCUGCUGGGGAUCAUGGCUUCGAUCGGCGAGCUGGGCAUGGUCCCGCUCGUGAUGAUGACAGGAGAGACUCGGAUAACAGAAGAGGCCAUGAAGGCCGCAGCGACCCGCGUCCUCCGAAAGGUGGUGGCAAGGGAGGCCGUGGCGGUGGCCAGGGAAGCCGGGAGCUGGCGCGGUCGAGGAGCCGCAGCCGAAGGCGUUCGAGUUCGGGCUCCUCUGCGUCUCCACAAGAGAAGAAGCGCAUGCGUAAGGCCGCAGGCUUCGACAGUGUCACGAAGCCUCGCGAGACUGGAAAGGUCCCCACCGAGGCGGCUCCGCAGAGAGGUCUCGCUUUGGCCCCAGGCCGCAAGGCGGACGUUCACGGCCUGAAGGGUGCUUCACAGUACAACGGCUGCGAAGGCAUCGUCAUCGAAGGGCCAAACGACAAAGGACGCUGGGAAGUGCAGGUGGACUACCAAUGCGAAACAAAAACGCAGCCACGGGGCCAAUUCCAGCCACCGACAAGGCCCUUCCCACUGCCGUCCUCAGACCCGGGCAGCCUGGGCCUUGCACCGAGCCCCAGUGGCCACUUCGGUGCAGAAGCACGCAAGCACUUCUGCCUCGAGGAUGGCUUCACGUUUCUGAACCAUGGCGCCUUUGGCGCCACUCUGAAAAGCAGUUUGGAAAGCAAGCGGCGGUGGGCCGAGCACAUCGAGACACAGCCCGUCCGCUUUUUGGAUCGAGCCUCGCUGACAACCUUCCGUGAGGCCUGUUUGGCCCGAGAACUUUUUCCCUGGAUGGUCAGCGUGACCCGCAGCUUGAGCCAGGUGCUCUCCGUACCUGCAGAAGACCUGCUGCCAGUCCCCAGUGCCACGCUGGGAACGAACGCAGUCCUCAGAUCCUGGCAGCGGAAGAGAAAGCCCGAUGAUUCGCAGCGAGCGGUUAUCCUUUCGGUGGCUUAUGGCUCUACCAAGAAGCUUCUCAAGAGGAUGUCCGAGGAGUCUGGCUUCCAGGUUGAAGAAGCCACCAUCGAUUUUCCCUUGGCUGGAGACGCGGAGGAGCGGAUCCUCGCUUCUCUGGAGGGCUGCCUGCAGCCCAACACAUCUCUCGUUAUUCUGGAUGCGAUUCCCUCCAAUGCUCCCUUCGUGCUGCCACUCCGAGAGGCCGUGGCGCUCUGCCGUGCUAAAGCUCCCGAGGCGUUCGUCAUGGUCGAUGCAGCGCAUGGACUCUUCAGCUUACCUCUGAAGCUCACGGGUCCCUCUGCGGUGCCCGUGGACGCCCUGGUGACCAACUGUCACAAAUGGCUCUGUGGACCGAAGGGCUCCGCGGUGCUUUAUGUCGCUCCCGAACACCAGCAGUGGGUGGAUCCCUUGGUCAUCUCACACGGAUACGGGUCAGACUUCCCAAGUGGAUUCUACUGGCCUGGUCUAUCAGAUUUCACAUCGUGGUUGGCUCUGGAUGAAGUGUUGGCCUUCUGGGACUUAGUUGGGUUGGAGCCCGCAAGAAUCUAUGGAAAUUACCUGGUCAUGGAUGCCGCCACGAUGCUGGCUGAAUCGUGGGACACUUCCUUGGGCAUCCCGGAGGAGCUGCUUGGACCGAUGGCUCUUGUGGCAUUGCCGCCAUUCAAGGCGCUGCAAGAUCGCAGGCAGUACACGUACGAUGAUGCUGAAGCGGUGCAGAAUGCCUUGUUCCAGCAGAGGAUUGAAGUUCCAGUCAAGGUGCUAUCUGGGAAUUUAUACGUUCGCAUAUCUGCUCACAUCUACAACCACAUCGAGGAGUACGAGAUGCUGCGAGAUGCCGUCCUGGAACUUCAGCACUUGGACCAGCUGCUUUCCCUCCUAGAAAGCAACCUGCAACCCAAGCCUUCCUGCGGCUGGGAGCUCGUCAUCGCACCGAUUGCACUAGGCAUUAAGGAGACGGAUGUCUCCCAAGCCCUGUCCGUGCGGAAAGCUCAGUUUUCGUAUCUCCAAGUAAAGUAUCAGGCAUGGGAGGGUGCGACAUGUAAAGAUGACGGAUCCUCCGGCCUGGGUCUCGAUUUCCUGCACUGCAGAAUUCACAAGCGAGUCGUCUCUGAGUUUGGGACGACGGUGUUGGAUUCUGACGGUGUCAUUGACCGGGAAAAGCUGGGCAAGGUGAUUUUUUCAGACCCCGCCAAGCGGAGGAAACUCGACAAGGCUACGCACGGACCCAUCUUGACGACCAUCGUGAAACGGACCCUGUGGCUCAUGCUACAAGGUCACCGGACCAUCGUCUUGGACGUGCCGUUGCUCCUCAAGUUCCCGGUCCUGCGCCGCCUUUGCCUCUCUGCAGUCCUUGUGGUGCUGGUGUCCCCGGAGACGCAGCUGACACGCCUGAUGGCACGGAAUGACCUCACUGAGGAUGAGGCCCGACGAAAGAUCGAUUCGCAGCUCUCUGGGGAGGCCCAGCGCAAGCUGGCAGACUUCGUCAUCGAGAAUAACGGAAGUCUCGAGGAACUACGCCGAAGUGUAGCCGACCUCCAGCACCAGGCGCCUCAAGGAUGGUCCGCAGCGUUGGUGGCGGAAGCCAUCGCCGGAGCCGCCGCCCUCUGCGCUUUGGGCGUCUGUCUGGCACAGAUGACCUUGAAAGAUGAGGCAGAGGCUGCUCUGCAAAAUUUGCGACGCUUGGAAAUCAAGGGCACGCAGGUUUCGGUGGACUGGAGCACCAUGGCCAAAACGGAGAUGGGUCUCUGCAACAAGCGCCACCAGAAGCCCCCGGCGGAUGAUUUGCCUCCAAGGAGUUUCAAAGAAAGCACAGCGCCGGCGCAGGAGUUUGGCUUCCAAAUGGGGCAGGCCGUGCUGAUUUCGAACCUGAAAGGGGCACCUCAGUUCAACGGAUGCACCGCUGCUGUGGUCGGCUUCCGCUCUGACCGAGUGGAAGUGGAAGUGGAGGCGGAGGGGACAAAGAAGACCCUGGCCUUGAAGCCCGAGAAUCUCAGCGCAGGCCAGGCUGAGCCCCCGAAGCCGGAGGCACAGGCAGCCGAGCCACCUGCCGAGAAGGCUCCGGAGCCGCGACGCCGCCGCGGGAAGUGGGAGGAGAACAGCGGCGGUUUCGUCGUGAACCAAGCCAAGAAAGGCCCAGCGUGCCCAAAGUUGCCGCCCCUGGCUGACUUGGAAGCAAUGCCUGUGAAAGAGCUUAAGCAAGUGCUCGUGGCUCAUGCCGUUGACAUCACAGGCUGCCUGGAGAGAGCCGAGUUUCUGGCCAAGGCCCGGGCUCGCGGUCGGGGGGAAAAGAUGGACUCUGCAGCGGCAUCUGGAAGGUGUUUCACCAUGCGUUGCAAAUGCGGGAUCCAACAAUCUAUCCUGGUUCUGCUUAGCAAUCCUCUCGGGAGCAUCCGGCAUUGGUACGAAGCCAGCAGCCGGCAGAAAGGUCUCUGCAAGUCUGCAGCCGUCGUUCCAGAAGGAGGCGAUGCAUCCCCGUCGUGGGUGGACGACAUGGUAUGCGCUGAGCUGCAGGAGGUUUAUGCGGGCAUGGUCAGGACCAGCUUCGUGUAUAUUGUCGGACCCUUUUGCUUCCUCACAGUAGUGCAUUCGGUCCUCCGUGAUGAUAUGGCCUUUCCCGACUUGCGCUUGAACUCUAACAUGCUUCCGCUCGUGGUGGCCACUCUCCUGGCGGUCUGCAACCCCCCGGCACGAAGAACGCGACUGGGACUCUGGCUUCUGCUCGCUUUGUGGUUUGCCUCGAUGCUCGCCGCACACCUGUUCCUCUCGGAAUGGCGCCUUCACGAACAAGUCUGGUUGAAUCACAUGUUCUUCGUCACGGUUGUCUCCGAAGUGCUACAGAUGCCACCGCUGGUGAUCUGGGCCAACACUAUUCUUCACUCUGCAUUCUUUGUAGCUUUGACUGUGGCCAAUGACUAUCCUAGCGAUUCGCCAUCACUCGAGCUGCAGCUGCUAAUGGUGAUUGUUAGACUUGCCUGUGGGCACUACACCCAGCUGGUGUCCAAGGCAGUUGAAGGCUGCGCGCGUGCGGAUGUGCUGGCUCAGGAUGCUUCGAAGCUGGCGGCCUUGAGUCGCUCUGCCGCUGAACAGGCUCUCGUGGAAGCAGACGAGGAGGCCACUCGUGCUCGCACGGCCCAGGUGGAGUUGUCCCUGGCAGAGGCUGAGGCGAGGGCCGUGGAGUCUGUGCGAAGUGCGCAGCUCCACCUCCUGAAAGUCAUGUGCGACGCCGUGAUAGAGGUGGACGCCGACAUGCGGAUCAUUGAGCCAGGAAAGCUGGGAUUGAUGCUCUACCAAAGCAGCCACCGCAACCUCGCUGGAACCAGGUUCGUGGACCUGCUCAUCCCGAAAGAAGUG